CUCUCUUCCCGUCAGCCUUACUAACCUGUGCGGUCACACAUUUUUUCAAUCUUUUUCCAUCAUGUUUGGUGUGUGCCUCAAGCCACUAUGGAAAUAUUAGGGUUAUAGAUGGCAGAGGAUAUGGAUAUGACUAACCGGGACCCGAACAAUUUGAACAGUCAUCUUGGGACGCUGCUUUUCAAUGACGUCAUCGGUGAACCGGACGGGGCGCACAGUAUCGACUGUGUUUGGAAGUUGUCGCGCGCCUGUUUCGAGUGCUGCAAGGGCCUAUGCUACAAACUGAUGACGCUGUGUUGCGGAUGUUGCAUAGCUGCGCAGUGGGGUUGCGAGUUCGCAUACAUCGCUUUCUGGCACGUCUGGUACAUCACUCCCAUGUUCAAGGUUUUGGAGAUCAACUGUUCGGUCUGUCAGCGCCUGUAUUCCAUGUGUAUCAAUUGCUGUAUGACCCCGGUGUGUGAAGCUUUUGGUGGGAUCUUUCACCACUUUAAGCGCACUUAACGAGAAAGAGUCGUGGCUGCAAGAAGAAACUUUGGUUUUUGAAAUGUUUAACAGAUAUGUGAUAUAACUUUUCCGAAUAUUGAUUUUUUUAUUUAAAUCUUAUUUAUUAUUUUCAUAUUUUUGUUAUCAAUUUAUAAUAACCGUUAUAUUGCUCAGAUUACUCACUGAAUGAUAAAUAUUGUAAGAUAAAAGUAUUUAUAUAAAACGUCGUAAAUCGACAUUUUAUUUUACAAUCGAUUUAUUUCAUUUUCACAAUAAAUAAAAAAUUCAAUGU